GAUCGAGCAGAGCAGAAGAAUCGUAAUGUCAGAAUUUCGACAACGAUUCUCGAGUUUGUGUAAUGUCAUCCACAAGUGACGCCUCUGCGCUUCUGGCGGCGCGCUUUUCACGCGAAACGAUGCCAACAGGGUGAAUUAUGCCACGAAAGGAGAACACCAAAGCGAAAACAUGGGAGCGAGACAGAAGAAAACGUAUGAACACAUAUUUCAAAACACUGGCAGAUCUUCUGCCACCGCAUCAGGAAGGUCGGAAACGUAACAAGGUCGAUAUCCUUAUCCAUGCCUCGAAAUAUAUCAAAGACCUCCAUAGUCGCACAGACGAGUUGUUUUCAGCUCAUGCUUCUGAAGCACACAAGGAAGAAUUGGCUCGUCUCAAAAAACUAGUAACUCAGCUUUUCUCUCGCACGCAGUUACUGUCAGCGCUGUUGAGAGAUGCUGGGAUCUCCGUACCCGCAGAACCAGCUCUUGAAAAAAUUUCCCCGUUAAAGUGGUCGAAUAAAAUUAAUGUAGGGGACGCAGAAAAAUAUUUCAAUAAGAUAGAAGAAAUUAAAAGUUCUGAAAACAGGAGGGAGAAGUCUGUGGACUUUAAAGUGCCUUCUAAGAGGAAAUCGGUACAUUCUUCUCAAUCGUCUACUAAAAAGUUAGUACAGAACGGCGAUGUUUCUAAGGACACGAAUAGUUCCAUCGAAAAUCAGGAAAACCGGGUAAACCGUGCGAACAGUAAGGACAUCGAUCAGGACACAACAGACGACGUAUCGGAAACUGGAUCGAAAGAAGCAGAAUGCUGUCAGACUAAUACGAAUUCCGACGUAACGGCCGCUUGCCCGUUUAAUGGCAAAACUAAUAGUGCAUUACAGAAGCCGGAAUCGCAAAAAAAGAUUAAAAAAAAAACGAAAAAGAAGGACGGGAAAAAGUCUUUGACGCCUUGUAUAAAUAAUUCUGUCACUAAUUUGACUCCAAAUACUCUCAUACUGUCUGGUGGUAAAUUAAUGCCUUUGGUAACUCCCAUGGCGUCGAACAUAAUUGUAAAUACUCAGCAACAACCGGCAAAUCCCAUAAUUCUCAGUAACACUCAGCAGAGUCAAAUGAUCGUCAUGCAACCCUUAACGAAUCGUGUCCAAAAUUCUGUCGUCUCCAUCUGCAAUCAGGCUUUAAUUAAUACGGUACAAAAGGUCACAUUAAAUACAGUACCUAAUAUCCGCGCAAAUAUGGUUGUGGAUUCGCAAAAUUGGGCAUCUAACGUGAAAAAUAUAGUGAACGCAACGAAAAUUGGCGGUCACAAAGGUAUCUUGCCCAAGGUGAAAGAAGUCACGAAAACGACCAUGACGUACAAAGUUCCUAUUCCGGCGGUUCACAAAGAAAAAGCAGAAAAACCAAAAGAGCAGCCGUGUAAAAAAGACACCGAGGUUAAGUCUAAAGCGAGUAAGAAUCACGCGAAGAAUGCUAAAAAUCAGCAGCUCGUGGAAACGGCGGACGAGAGGAACGAGAAAGAAAAAAGCGAAAAAAUUAUCGAGGAUGGAAAUUCGCCGCAGAAAGGAUCGCUCAAGCGGCCGUCAAGCACAGAAGCUGAACUUACGGACGAAUCUGCUGAUAAGAAACGGAAGACAAUCGAUAAUAGCGAAAGUACCGUUAAGUUGCAUCCGGUACCUGCCUCGAAAACGGAUUUCGCUGUGACUUGUAAAUCUAUUGAAAGUUUGAAACACGUAAUAGAAAAGAUAGGCGAGCACACGAACGAGAGCGAAGAUAAAGAUCAUAGCGUGGAUCAGUCCAAUGAAUUAGAAUCCUCUACCGAAACAAACGUAGAAUGUCCAGCUGCAUUGUGCGCUUCUAGCGUCAGCGCCAAAAUCGUUUCUGAUUCUUUGAAGAUAGUGGAUACUGUAAAAUCGGAUAAUGUGCAAUGCGAAACCAAGAAAAGCCAGGACUCGUCAAUUUCAGACACAGUUUCGCCAGUUACUUUCUCGGAGGAGGAUUUGAAAUCUGGCAACGAAGUCGUAUCAGUUUCGUCGGAAACCGAGUUUGGCAUUCCUAUAGAAAAUACAUUGGAAAAGUCGAACAACGACGUGGAUCAACCGAAUUCCAAGUCGUCUUUGACGGAAGUGGAAGAGGCUGUCCAAGAGUCCGCGGGAUCUAAAAAAAUGAAGGAAGUGUGUAAUCUUGGCGCGGAGUUCGACAAUUUGUUGCAAGUGACGCCCAAAGAAUCAGAAGUCGUCGAGGGAACAACGAAUUUAGAAAACAAUAAGAUCAUUCUAAAUCUUGAUACGAAUACCACGACGACGUUGAAAUCGGAAACGAACGCGACGGUGCAGACGUCCGACGCUACAACGCAGUCGUCGUCGUUGCUUCCAGUUAGCAUAGUCGAGGAGGAAUCCAAGUUAGCCAAGACAUUGAAGGACGACGCGCCAAAAGCAUCGUUGUCGUAUAACACAGAAAACUCAUUCGUGCCAAUCGGUAACAGGGCCGACGGUCUUCACUCGGAUCUCUCGAACGACAUAUUCGCGUCUCUUCAAGUUCCUUCCAGCUCGCACAAUUCCGAGUCGAUAUCCCCGACUGCAGCUUUCCUAAUGGCUUUCCCGCUGGUGUCGUCGUUAAACGGUAAAACCGAGGUUCUGGAAGAGGAAAUGAAGGAGGACUUCAAGUACCACAGUCAAACUCCGCCUAUGCUUCUGCAAAUUGGAGCAAUGGAGCCCAACAGUUUCAAGAUAAAGACGUCUCAUUCGUUAGCGGAGAAACGUUUGAAGGUGACGUGCGAGGAGAAGAAAAGUGCAAAUCUGCCUGUAACCGAGACAGUAUGCUCGGAGAUGAUCGUUUCCGUGGAGUGUAGCCCGACGGCGAAGGUCCUGCCCAAGAUCGUGAACGACGAGCCUCUCAGGGAACCGUUCAAGAUAGUGCAAAGUGUGUUGCCCUCUUUGGAAAAGCCUACACCUUCGAACUCCUUCUCUCACACGACCUACUCUGUGGCUAGCGUGUCUACCACUGCUUCGAUCAGUACCAACACAGAAACAAGGGUAAAUUGCCAGAACCAGCUCAUAACGAGUCUACAGAACACGAUCGCCAAUACCACUACCGAAAGCAUCAUCGCCUCUCACAUUGGCACUGUCUCUAGCUCGAGUAAGACAGACCAGACCGCUUGUCCGAUUCAAGCUUCGACUUGCGACACCAGUGUUCGUUACACCGCAUCCCAAGACUUUCUGUCGAGCUAUUCAGCAGUCGUCGAGAACAAUCUUAACAGUCUGCAACAAAAUUCAACAGUCUGUAGCAACGGAACGUUACAAGACGUGACUCCGGCUGGAUUGAUACAGAAUGUAGCGCCAGACGUGUCUCAAGCGUCUCUGGUUUCCCGCUUAUCCAGCACUACAACGACAACGAACGCCUCGUUGCGUUUGCAGUCCAUGCAGAUGGAUUACACGUCCCAAAUGAAGAACAAAGAUUCUCAUGGUACGCUGGUCGAUUCCAACAUCGUACCCAACAAUCGUCUCAAUUACAGUGACCACGUCGACAGAGUUCUUCCUACUUCGACUCAAAGCAUGCAACAGGACUAUUCUAUACAAUCCAAAGAUGUAUCUCUUCCUAUUCUUUCUUCCCAAGGUAUGCAAACCGUGUACAAUUCACAGCCAAAAGACACCCAUGUUCUGACUACGCAACAGAGCAACCACCAGCCUUACACGAUACACGAAAAGGAUCAUAUCGUUCAGAACUCCCAUAACGACUACUCCGUGGAUCAGAACAAAAAUCUGUCUCGAAAGAACUCUAUAUCCUAUUCUACUGUAACUAGUAACGCAAACGCGUCUAACAGGAAUCAGAGCUAUUCUUCGAAAGACUCGAUACCCAAUUCAACCGAGACUCAUUUUCAGCGCAGCUACUCGAAGGUGAACAAGGAUUCCGACUCUUCGACCGGCACUAUCGUAGACCAGGAUGCAAAGUUGAAUAACGUUUUGAGAUCUAAACAGCAGGAACCGCAAAAUCACAGACGCGAUACGAAUUAUACUUCUACGAAGAAAAUAGACGUUGAUCCGUUCGCUCAGACAUUUUCAUAUGGAGUGAAAGAGUCUAUGAGCACGCAGGCUGAACAGAAUGUGCUCAAUACUAAUAACAUAUUUCAAGGAAAACGGGAAAAUGCGCAGAGUUAUGCUUCUUAUCCCAACAAGGAUAUGAAGAAAAUUAACACCAAUUCUUCGAAUAAUAUGAGUAGCAAACCUUUGAUUCAAAACGUGCCUGUUUCGCGUUACUCGCAGCAGUCGACGUCUUUUGUUGUCACGUCCAACUAUGAGCCGAGUUCCGUGAGUGACAAUCACGCAAAGUCCACGACCACCGUCGCUCACAAUUCUUCCAACUUCAGCAUUUUAUCUUGGACUACUUUGUCGCCUGUUAGCGGAAGUACUAACAACAAUUUGGUACAGUUCGAGCAAGGACCGAGUCAAACGGACAACACGGAGGAGAAAACCAUUUGCGAGAACUAUAAUUACGUUCCUCUGCACAAGGAAAACGCAAACUUCUCCAACGUAUUGGCGAACGACGUUUAUUCGACUAAUUCGACCGUGGCUAACAUCGACAAGUCGAGAAUGAAAUCUGGAAUGGAACCACAGAAACAAUCUUUCGUCGACCCAUCGAAAGCAAGAAAUAUUCAAGCAAACGUACCUCCGUCUGGUAAACAGAGUCGCAUGCAAAAUCAAAGCCAGCCCUCGUCCGGUACCAAUGAUUAUAAGUUCAGCACUGAAAAUAAAAACAAGUCCAAGUAUGGGAUGGAAUCAGAGUAUAUACAAAACGAAUACUCUGGAAUGGACCAACAAUCGCAGCAGCAACAACAGCACGGGCCAAAAGGCCAUCAGUCGAUGCCCGCAAAGCAGGACAAAACCGUGUAUCCAAUGUCUACUUACGACUCUCAAGUAAAUUUUGAUCUGCCCGAGGUUAGUACGCAAAUGAAGUAUUCUGUAGAGACUUACGCUAGCUCGAAUUUCAAGUAUCCCGACAAAUCGCAGCAGCAAAAUCAGAACAAGUAUCAGUCUUUGGUUCAGGGACAGAUUCCUUCUCUUCAACACGAUAGUGUCACCUAUACCAACGACGGAAAGCACGGGCAACAACAAAGCGCUACAAAGUCUAAAGGAAACCAACAACAACACGCGAUCAGAGCCCCCGUGAACUGGAUGAUGACGCCAGAGAUUAAACACAACGCAAAUAUUACCGACAUCAUUUUACCACCGAUUGGCAAAGAGCUUGAAUUCUGCCAGAACAAUCUGUUUGCUCAGACUCCGUCAUACAAUCAAGGGACACCAAAUCAAUUUUACAACAACUACGAUGUGACAGCGCACAGUUUCUCCAAUUUACCAAUACUGCAAAGCGAACCAAAGAGAACUUCGGAUGUGUUUUACUCCGAAGAACAACCGUUCCCUUGGUCUCCGACAAAGACCGGCGUUCACGUAGAGCAAACUCAAUCGGUUAAGACUAUAGAUCAACAUAUCGUUCCUUCCAGUCUUCCAACUCUAGUCGGCGAUUUGGAUCUAGGUACCAAUAUACCUGAGAAACAGAACUUCUUAUUUGGUCAAGUAUCAUCGAGAGUUCCGGCCGACCAGAGUAAGGAUCCCAUCAAAGAUAAAGAAGGAAAUGUCACGGGACGUGAUUUCCAUACCGUGUUGAAUAACCAAACUGUUCAGCACCCAGGAGCUGGAUCCUCGUUCCUCUCUGUGAGUCAACUAGUGGAACACGAGAAGGCUGAGAAGUCUCACCAACAACACCAUCAGCAACAUCAUCACCAUCACCAUCACCAUCACCAUGCUCAUCAGCAUCAACAGCAGCAACAACAACAACAGCAGCAACAGCAACAGCAGGCUAGGAAACAUCAAAGAAAAAGUAAUACCAGUCCUAGAGGAAAUAGUAAACGGCAGAUGGACAUUCGAAAACAAACCUCGAGCGGUAACGAUCAGUUACAUCAGAGGCACGAAGAGCAAAAAUCUUCUGGUCACACCUUCUCUGAACAGAGCUAUCAACAACAGCAGCAGCAACAGCAACAGCAACAGCAACAAAAGUAUCAGCAGAAUAAUGUACACUGGAGAAGCAGGAAUUGCAAGAGCAACUAUACCGCGGAAGCAUUGAUAGGAACCAAUAGCAGCGUCCAUGACACGAACCAAGACAAGCACGCAUCCAUAAAGUUCACCACUAACUAUCCACAGAACAAAUUUCAAACUAGUCUGCCCACCGCAGAUACAGUUAUGCCGAUCAAUUACUUUUCAAAUGCCGACGACGGAAGCGGUUAUGGUCAGAUGGUCAAUCAGAACUUCAACUCGUACACGUACUCCUCGAACACAAAUAUCUAUCCUACGUCGAACUUUAUAACCAGCAUAUCGAACACUCCCACCAGUUACAUGAUGCCACUGCACGAUAACACCGAUUAUAUGGAAGCAAACGCUUUCCUUUUAUCGAAUGUGGCAACCUCUUCCACUGCUGCUUCAUCGACCACAUCCACCGUGACGACCUCGACUUCCAAUGUAAAUAGCAACACGAAAAAUCACCAACACUACGGGAAACACCAAAACUGUGACAAAAGGACGUAUUCCACAAACGCGAAAAAAGGGAAGAGAAAAGGUCUGGACGGGACUAUGCAGAACUUGGAAUUCCCUCUCUCUGGCGUCAAUUCGCCGUUGGAAGAUUAUCAUCAUUCCGCCACGUUCUUACCACCGCCGCCGCCGCCGCAUGCUAGCCCCCUUUAUCAAAACCAUCCACAGGCAAAUGUGUAUACGAAAGCUGUGAACGGUUUGCCACCGCCGCCUUCAGUGGCUGGUCCGCAAGGCGUACCAACCGUAGCCACGGCUGGUUUUCCGAUGAAUCCAAACAUGCCAAGAGGAGGAAUCGUUUCGAGCAACCCGAUGACCAUGAGUCAUCAUCCCUCGGGCACCAGUCUCACAAACUUCAAUUUGAGCACUAUAUUCCCUGAGAUGAACGACAAAAUAACUGGAUAUAAACCACCGAAUGGUAUACCGUCGGGUUUGUCACAGCCACCAAACCAAUCUACAGCAUAUGUACAGAGAACCAAUUACCCAACGAAUCCCCUCUGCCAUUUGCCACAGGUGUCGGAAGGAAGUCAAUUUGUUAAUAGUGUUCCUCCUCCUCCCCCUCCGCCACCUCCAGGAGUAAUACAUUACAAGAAUGUAUAAUAAAGUAAGUAUGAAUGAGGAACGUGUCAUCGACCAAUCGACAAUUGUACAUAU